AAUACUGGCUCAUCUUAGGGUUUAGAAGCUGAGAUUCCUACUGGAUAUAUAACCCCGACUUUACCAAGACGUCCGCUUCUUCUGCUUGAAAACCCCUGCGGCCAGAGUUCUAUCGAGCCUAGUUUAGGGUUUUCUUAUCCCAAACCCAACAAUUAACCAUGGCGGAUGUUGAGACAGAGGUGGCUGCUGGACAGCCAAAGAAGAGAACGUUCAAGAAGUUCAGCUUCAGAGGUGUGGAUUUGGAUGCUCUCCUUGACAUGUCCACUGAUGAGCUUGUCAAGCUCUUCCAUGCCCGUGCUCGGAGAAGGUUCCAGAGAGGUCUGAAGAGAAAGCCCAUGGCUCUAAUCAAGAAGCUGCGCAAGGCGAAGAGGGAGGCCCCACCUGGUGAGAAGCCAGAACCUGUUCGAACCCAUCUGCGUAAUAUGAUUAUUGUACCUGAGAUGAUUGGAAGCAUUAUCGGUGUUUACAAUGGGAAGACCUUCAAUCAGGUUGAAAUCAAACCUGAAAUGAUUGGUCAUUAUUUGGCGGAGUUCUCAAUCUCAUACAAGCCUGUUAAGCAUGGUAGACCUGGUAUUGGUGCCACCCAUUCAUCUAGGUUCAUUCCUCUCAAGUGAAACGUUUGCUUGCAGCGUGAAUGUUCUAGUUCUUUCCUAUCAUAUGAAGACGCCUUUGUUGAUCGAAUUUUUGUCUAUUUAAUUAUGGCAAGUUUAGGUCUUUAAACUCUCUUAAGGAGACUUGGUCCCUGCUUCUGGUUUGAAGAGCUGAUGUUGUGGAUUUUAUUGUUAUUAUUAUUUUUUUUACAUUAGUCUAAAUAUAUGGUUGGAUUUCUCAA